UGCUCUGCUCCCGCCAAAUCCCCUUCACACAAAACACCGGACAAAUUGCACACAGAGCGCCACCAGCUCCGCUCUGCUGUGUACUACGUAGUAUAUACAUCUCGCUCGCUCGGCCCUCCCCAGGACGAAGAAACCUGCGCGACGAACCACGGAGCACCAACAAUGGCGUCCCACUUCCCCGCGCUCGCCGGCCUCCUCGCCCACCGCCCGCUGCUCCUCUACGCGGCCACGUGGUCCGCCGUCGCCGCCAUGUCCGUGGCCGUGGCGGCACUCGCGCCGGAGCUCGCAUACGUCUGGGGCGUGGCGCCGGGGGCCCCGCUCACCAAGGGGUGCCCCGACGGCAGCUUCGCUGGCGGCAGCAUCGGGCUGCCGCUUGACGGGCCGCCGUGGGACGCGGUCUGCGUGCCCGCUGGCCUCUUCGGCCGAACCGUGCCCGACGUGGUCGUCCCGCUCCUGUUCGCCGUCGUGGUCGUCGCCGGCGCCACCGCCUUCACCGCCGCCGUCGGCGUGUGGGAGGACGACGACGACGCAGCCGACGUCGACAUCACUGAGGUAGGGCAGGUGUAGUAGUAGUAGACUAUGACGAUGGAUCACUCGUGAUGUACUCUCCACUACCACUUUCUGAAAUUUGUCAGCGGCAACAAAGCAGUGACUGCAGGUCUUUCUGAACUUUUAGGCAACUGUGUCUCUAUGUGUUGACACUGAAAAAGAUUCAGGCAAUAAAAAUAUCUGAAAGCAUGAUGAUUCUUAUA